AUGUCUGUGUCUGACGACGAGGACGAGGAGAAGGAGGAGGCCAAGGCCGAGGACGAGGAGGGCAAGAUCGAGGAGGUGAAGGAGGAGGACGAGGAGAAGAAGGAGAAGAAGACCAAGAAGGUCACCGAGGUGCAGACCGAGUGGCAGCUGCUCAACAAGCAGAAGCCCAUCUGGAUGCGCAACCCCGACGACAUUACGCGUGAGGAGUACUCGGCGUUCUACAAGUCUAUCACCAACGACUGGGAGGACAUGCUCGCCUACAAGCACUUCUCUGUGGAGGGCCAGCUGGAGUUCAAGAGCAUCCUGUUUGCGCCCCGCCGCGCGCCCUUUGACAUGUUUGACCAGAAGAAGAAGCCCAACAACAUCAAGCUCUACGUGCGCCGCGUGUUCAUCAUGGACAACUGCGAGGAGCUCAUCCCCGAGUGGCUGUCCUUUGUGAAGGGCGUGGUUGACAGCGAGGACCUGCCCCUCAACAUCUCGCGCGAGAUGCUGCAGCAGAACAAGAUCCUCAAGGUCAUCCGCAAGAACAUCGUCAAGAAGUGCCUCGAGAUGUUCGGCGAGAUUGCGGAGAACAAGGAUGACUACGGCAAGUUCUACGAGAACUUCGGCAAGAACCUCAAGCUGGGCGUUCACGAGGACAGCGCCAACAGGGCCAAGCUGGCCGACCUGCUGCGCUACCACUCCACCAAGAGCGGCGACGAGCCCACCAGCUUCAAGGACUACGUCACCCGCAUGAAGGAGGGCCAGAAGGACAUUUACUACAUCACGGGCGAGAGCCGUAAGGCUGUUGAGAACAGCCCCUUCCUGGAGCGCCUGCGCAAGAAGGGCUACGAGGUGCUGUACAUGGUGGACCCCAUCGACGAGUACGCCGUGCAGCAGCUCAAGGACUACGACGGCCACAAGCUGGUGUCCUGCACCAAGGAGGGCCUGGUCUUCGAUGAGACCGAGGACGAGAAGAAGGAGAAGGAGGAGAAGAAGGCGCGCGUGGAGCCCCUCUGCCGCCUCAUGAAGGACAUCCUGGGGGACAAGGUCGAGAAGGUUGUGGCCUCCGACCGCAUCGUGGACUCCCCUUGCGUGCUGGUGACCGGGGAGUACGGCUGGAGCGCCAACAUGGAGCGCAUCAUGAAGGCCCAGGCGCUGCGGGACAACAGCAUGAGCGCGUACAUGACCUCCAAGAAGACGCUGGAGAUCAAUCCCGACAACGCCAUCGUGCAGGAGCUGGCCACCCGCGCGGAGGCUGACCGCAGCGACAAGACGGUGAAGGACCUGGUGCUGCUCAUGUUUGAGACCGCGCUGCUGUCCAGCGGCUUCAGCCUGGACGAGCCCGCCACCUUUGCCAGCCGCAUCUACCGCAUGAUCAAGCUGGGCCUGUCCAUUGACGAGGACGAGGGCGCCGAGGCUGAGGACCUGCCGCCGCUGGAGGAGGAGGUCGGCGCUGACGAGGGCUCCCGCAUGGAGGAGGUCGACUAA